AACCAGCUGACUCCGGUAGAGGAAGGCGCUGGGGCGGCCAGUCCUGGAGCUGUUGCAGCCACGGUUUCCCGGCGGGGUACCGAAGCCAGUCAGCCAUCGUCAGAAUGUCUGGCAAAGACCGAAUUGAAAUCUUCCCCUCGCGAAUGGCACAGACCAUCAUGAAGGCUCGAUUAAAAGGAGCACAGACGGGCCGAAACCUCCUGAAGAAAAAAUCCGAUGCCUUAACGCUUCGAUUUCGACAAAUCCUAAAGAAGAUAAUAGAGACUAAAAUGUUGAUGGGUGAAGUCAUGAGAGAAGCUGCCUUUUCACUAGCUGAGGCCAAAUUCACAGCAGGAGACUUCAGCACCACGGUUAUCCAAAAUGUAAAUAAAGCCCAGGUGAAGAUUCGAGCAAAGAAAGAUAACGUAGCAGGUGUUACUUUGCCAGUAUUUGAACAUUACCAUGAAGGAACUGAUAGUUAUGAACUGACCGGUUUGGCCAGAGGUGGGGAACAGUUGGCUAAAUUAAAGAGGAAUUAUGCCAAAGCAGUGGAGCUACUGGUGGAACUGGCUUCUCUGCAGACUUCCUUUGUUACUUUGGAUGAAGCUAUAAAGAUAACCAACAGGCGUGUAAAUGCCAUUGAGCAUGUCAUCAUUCCUCGGAUUGAACGUACCCUUGCUUAUAUCAUCACAGAGCUGGAUGAGAGAGAACGAGAAGAGUUCUAUAGGCUAAAGAAAAUACAGGAGAAGAAAAAAAUUCUCAAGGAAAAAUCCGAGAAGGAUUUGGAGCAACGGAGAGCAGCAGGAGAGGUGAUGGAGCCUGCUAAUCUUCUGGCUGAGGAGAAGGAUGAAGAUCUCCUGUUUGAAUAAUCGCUCCUGCUCCGGUUCUUUCAGAAACCCUAAGCUGGCUCCAUGUUAAUCUGUGGUGUGUAGGCUGUUUUCUGUUUUUGGCCCAAGACUUUCACUGAUUGUAAAACCUACCUGGAUGCUCACUGAUGAGAUUACUUUUGCAGACUCCUAAUUCUUCCGUUUAGCACAAGUGAAUGAGAAUUGUAAAACCUGUCCAGGAACUCACAGAAUUUACUCUGCAGUGGUGUCACGUGUUCCAUUUAUCUCUGUUGUGUGUGAGCUGCUCGCCAGGCAUUUUAGGAAGCACCCUUAAGAAACAUUAGUGUUCUCUGGCCAACUACUGAGCAGCAGGCCUUAUUCCUACCCACCUGCAAACCCGCACUGUUGUCAGAUUGCUGCAGCCACCCUGCGUUGCCAUGGUACCUCACUUACCUUUCCUUGCAUGACAGGUGUUUAUCUUGUCUGUCAGGGGAGCAGUUCUGCCAAUUUAAAUGUGACUAUGAUAGAGAGUAAAAUUAUUUAAAAAUAA